UUUGAUACGAAAACCUUUCUAACCUUUACUGUUGUUUAACGCCUCACGGUGUUUGUGUAUGUGCGGUUGCUUGGCUGAUGGUGGCACUGACCUCUCGAGAGAGGAGAGCAGCUGUGUGUGUCUGUGUGUGCGUGUGUGUGAAGCUCUCAGCUGUCUGUCAUAAAGCAACACAACAGCACGCGCUUGUUCAGAGCACAGCAAACCCGACGAGGCGACAGCUGAUCUCCGUCUCCACACAGCAGUCAGACACGAUCUCACAAUUAAAGCGAAUCGGAACAGUAUUCACGUCAAAAUGGACUGGUGUACAGACGAACUAACGUGAAAUUGAUUUCUGGGAUCGCUGUACCUGUGCCGCGUGCAUAGGAUGGUCUGAAGUAGGUGUUUACUCUUUUUUUAACCUGCAGCACAAUGUUCACGUUUGACAGCCACGCGUAACAUCUCAUCUUGUGCUGAAUAUGACAGAGGACGUUAUGACGGCUGUGCGCGGAAACCUUUCCCAAACAGCAGGUGCCUCGGGACAGAAGGAUAACGGGCAAGCUGAGUCGACUAACGGGGCGAUUCCGUGCUCGUCUUCCCCGGUGGAGCUCAGCGAGGAGCCCCUGUCCUGCAGCAGCGAGCUGACCCGCACGUGGCUGCAGUUCGCCAAGACUUUCGUCGUUAUCUUCCUAUAUGUCUUGGGGUAUUUCGAGUUCAGCUUCAGCUGGCUUUUAAUCGCACUUACGAUAUUUUUCUUUUGGAAAAGAAACACCAGUUCUAAGAACACCAGGCUAAACAGAGCAAUGUCCAUUUUUGAUCCGGAUGACGCUGUUAAACAAGAGCUGGAAGCUACUGAGUUACCAUCAUGGGUUCAUUAUCCAGAUGUGGAGAGAGUUGAGUGGCUAAAUAAGACGGUGAACCAGAUGUGGCCUUACGUGUGUCAGUUUGUUGAGAAGUUUUUUAAGGAAACAAUUGAGCCAGCCAUCAAAGAAUCCAAUGCACACCUCAGUACAUUCAGCUUCACCAAGAUCGAUCUGGGUGAUAAGCCUCUCAGGAUCAAUGGGGUCAAAGUUUACUCGGAGAAUGUGGACAAACGGCAGAUCAUCAUGGACCUUCAGAUCAGUUAUGUUGGAAACACUGAAAUCGAUGUAGAUGUCAAAAGGUACUACUGCAGAGCAGGGAUCAAAAGUAUACAGCUACAUGGAGUUCUGCGGGUGAUUCUUGAGCCACUUUUGGGGAAUAUGCCGCUGGUUGGUGCCUUUUCCCUCUUCUUCCUCAAGAAGCCACUUUUGGACAUAAACUGGACAGGCCUCACAAACAUAUUGGACAUUCCAGGUCUUAAUGGUUUUUCAGAUCAAAUGAUCCAGGAUAUUAUCAGCGCUUACAUGGUGUUGCCUAACAGGAUCACAGUGCCAUUGAUAGGUGAGGUUGAGCUGGCACAGCUUCGCUUCCCCAUGCCAAAGGGAGUGCUGAGGAUUUAUUUUAUUGAAGCUCAGAAUCUGGAAGUGAAGGACUCGUAUCUUGGCGGACUGAUCAAAGGCAAGUCUGACCCAUAUGGCAUGCUGCUGGUCAGCAACCAACUCUUCAGAAGCAAGACCAUCAAAGAGUGUCUGCACCCCAAGUGGAACGAGGUGUAUGAGGCACUAGUAUAUGAACCUUCAGGACAACAUCUGGAAAUUGAGCUCUUUGAUGAAGACCCAGAUAAAGAUGAUUUUUUGGGGAGUCUAAUGAUUGACUUGACUGAGCUUCAUAAAGAACAGAAGGUUGAUGAGUGGUUUGAUUUAGAAGAAGUCACUACAGGCAAACUUCACCUCAGAUUAGAGUGGCUGUCAUUGUACCCGAGUGCUGAAAAACUAGAUCAAGUACAGAAGAGCAUAAGGACUAAUGACAAUCUCUCUUCCGCUCUGCUAAUUGUUAACCUGGACUCAGCCAGUAAUUUGCCGACCAAUCCUCUUGUAUUUAACCCUGAUGGCCCCAAACCCCCUUAUAAAGGCCUGAAGUCUGGGAAGAAAGUGAGCAUAGAUCCAAAUCCUUUUGUCAAACUGACUGUAGGACAGAAGACGUGCACAAGCAAGGUGAGGUAUAAAACCAGUGAGCCACUGUGGGAAGAGACUUUUCCCUUCCUUAUCAACAACCCCCAGACUCAGGAUCUGGAAAUUGAGGUGAAGGAUAGUAAGCACAAGUGCUCUCUGGGUAGUCUACAGGUAUCUCUUGCAUCUCUCCUGAACGAGGCGGACAUGACUCUGAAUCAGCAGUUUCCUCUGCAGAGCUCCGGCCCCAACAGCACCCUCAAACUCAAAAUGGCUCUCAGGAUCCUGUCGCUGGAGAAGGAGGUCACAUCCAGCCACCCGUCAUCUGUUCGAGUGAGAAUCACUAGUCAGAGUAACACUUGUGUGUCUCCACAACCUCAACCGACCAGCAGCCCUACAGACAUCCAGCCAUCCCAGAACCCACACUGUACUCCUCCACCGGACACCCCUCAGGGGAAAAGAGGGUCAGAUGGCUCUCCGGUGAGGUUAGCGGAUGCAGGUCGCAGUGUGUCCAGUCUUGGGAUAUGCAGCUCGCACAAGCGUCAGUCUCACAGAGACUCUACGCCUAGUCUGGCCUCCGACAUUUCACUACCCUGCGCCACACUGGAGCUCCAGCAGAGGUUACAGCAGCUGCAGAAUGGCUCUGGGCUCAACCAAUAUCCACUUGGAGAAGUCCAGCUCACUGUCCGACACAGCUCGCAGAGGAAUAAACUUAUCGUAGUGGUUCAUGCCUGCAGAAACCUCAUAGCAUUGAACAAAGAUGGCUCAGACCCGUACAUCCGCCUCUACCUGUUACCAGAUAAGAGCCGCAGUGGCCGCAGAAAAACCAGCACACUCAAGAAAACGCUCAACCCCAUCUAUGACCAGUCCUUUGAGUUCAGUGUGUCAAUGGUGGAGCUGCACAGGAGGACUCUGGACAUCGCUGUCAAGAACGGAGGAGGACUGCUGUCCAAAAACAAGCUACUGCUGGGCAAAGCACUUGUGGACUUGGGAAGUGAAGACAUUUCUAAAGGAUGGACUCAUUGGUAUCAUCUGACAGAGGAUGGCGCAAAGAAACUAAUGCAGACGUAGUGGCACGUGCAAGAAAGCAGAAAUGAAUGGAACAGCAGGUAACUGGGGCAUGUCGCGGCCCGCACAGGAUCACGCAGAAGCGAUAGUAGCAGGAAAGUAACGGCACUGGACUAACUAAACCAGGCUACUUCUACUGGGAUUUACACUGGCCUACAAAGAGUCUCUCUCACCAAAGCUUAAAUUGCAGUCGUCAACAUAAACGUCCCGCUUUCCCAUGAUUUCUUGAAGAAUUAAAGCUCACACUCUUUCUUGUUUUGUCUGCUUGUUUUAGUUUUAUUCGUUUUGCACGUUAUUUGACUUUUUCCCUGAAUAAAAUGGCCAGAAAAUGUACUUUGAGGAAAAAGAAAACAUUUAGAUCAUCACAUUUAUGAAUGCAUACAGUAGCUUACAUAUUUUACGUUAAUAUAUAUCACUUUUUUUGUCAGAAAUGUUAGUGUUGCAUUGUCUCAGUUUAUUACACAAAACUCCUUUCAUAGAAAGAUGCUACAUAUGUAAAUAUGUACUGUAUUUAUUAACUGUUUUUCUUUCUGUUGGUUUUAUGCUGUGCUUUCUUACUACAACAAAUGGUAAUCUACAAUCUUGUCAGAAAUUAUGUUCAGCUCCUCAUAAAUGAUCCAUUGAUAAUACUUUAUUUUAAAAGUAUUUCAUUGUUUCUUGUUGCACAGCACAAAAUUCCUGUACAGAAAUCUUUUAUAGCCAUUUUGUUUGCAAGAGUUUUAUCAGGUACAGCAAAAUGGUGUGUACAGUAUGUGAUAUUUAUAAGUAGAAAAUAGCUUGGCUACAAAGUGUUUUGCUCAUGGAUUGUUUAAAGACUGUGAAACGGCUGUUGGUGUGAUUUCCAGCCUUCUUCUUCUUCUCUAUGCAUCAAGCAUGAUUAUUCAGAAACAUGACAUUUAACUUGAAUCACACUGCACUUGUGACUUUUUGUACUCACCAAUUUCAUUGGACAUUUUGAGCAUUUUUUUCCAAACAUAUCAUAUCAGAGCAUGAGGAAUUUCGGCUUCCAGGUGACUAUCUUGGUGAUGUUAAUUUUUAAGCUGUAAAUGUUUUGUCACUCUGGGAUUUGCUUCCUUUUUAAAAGUAAGAGCCUGAAUGCGUUUUGUUACCUUAGUAGGGUUUUCAUUUUCAUUUUGUGUCUAUUCAGCUUUUUUGUUAACAAUGUUGUAUGGAAGGUAUUAAAGCAACUGAAUAAAAGAUUAU